AUGGACGGCAUAAUAAUACGUACAGCCUUUGAGCUCCGUUUAAUGUCCUUUCUUAACAGCGAUGCAAUUGAAUCCCUCACAAACCCACCCUUAUUGGAAUUUCCUCCAUUGCACGAUCGGAACAUUUUACCGGCUUCUCGCCGCUCACUUCUUUUGGAGCCCAAUACUGGUACGCGAUCCAGAGAAUCAUCUUCACAAGUAUCACAGCGUUCGUCAUCCAUCGCUCCAUUCGACGAUGAUGAAACCAAGUAUCGAGAUGGAGAAGAGGUUUCGAGGGUAGGAAAGGCGGGCAUUGGAAAUGAUACUGGCGCAAUUGAGCGUAGUUUGGGUGAUACCCCUCCACAAUCUUUACGAAAUAUCUUAGAUGACAACACUGGCAACGCAAGACCGCUACAUCCCAAAAAGCAACAACGUAGAGACAAUGGGAAUAAUGAUUUCGUUCAAUUGCCUAAGCCUCCCAAAAAGCAAAGAUCGAAUAAACAAGUAGUGCCACCUAUCAUUAUUGGCUUGCAUGAACCACCGCCGCAAGCUGCCUUAUUUCCUCCCAUUGCAUCGAGUUCAUUCCACGACAGCCACGGGAGAAAUAGCUUGAAUGCUGUGGCUCUCAAAGCUACAGAAACAAAAGAGGACUUUGAAUCCGACGGUGCAGUCAUAUCGAUGACCGAGGGAUGUUUUGACCAGAAGAAAGAUACGAAGAAGAAGAAGAAGAGAAAGGAUGUCAAGACGAGGAACAAGUGGUCCGAAGAAGAGACGGAUAAUCUGCUACUUGGUGUGCAUAAAUAUGGCGUGGGGAAAUGGACAGACAUCUUGGAAGAUCCCAAUUUCACAUUUAAUAACAGAUCAGGAGUAGAUUUGAAGGAUCGUUUUAGGACUUGUUGUCCAGAUGAGCUGAGAAGGGACAAUCGCAAUUCAAGCAGCCACAAUAUCGGGUCCAAGGCGAAUGUUGUAGGGGAGCAACUAACAACAGGCAAGAUAACUUUGGGCUCUUCAUCUGGGAAUUCUAUACUUGGAAGUGAUCAAAAGGCAAAUGGUACUGUAUCAAGCAUCGCCUCUUCUCGGUUAUUAGAUGCCGGGCGAAAGCCUCGAAGCCAUCGGAAGAGACUUACAGAUCUUCAACAGCUGGGAAUUCAAGGGCCUUUCAAACAGUCAAAACGGAGAGAAAGACGCCCUUUUUCUGAGCAGGACGAUCAUGAAAUCACCCAAGGCUACUCUCUUUAUGGGCCUGCUUGGUCAAAGAUACAGAGAGAUCCUCAAUUCAACCUUCAAAGCCGACAGCCUACUGAUCUUAGAGAUCGUUUUCGCAACAAACAUCCCGAAAAGUUUCGAUCCGGGGAGGAUGAUGCGGCUCGGGCAGCGUUUCAGAGCAAGCCUGCUCAUCUUGAUGACUACUACUUAAAUACAUCUAAUCACUCUACAACCAAUUCAGUCACAUUCAGUUUGAAUCAUGAGCUAUCGAAGGUACAGUUACCAUCUCACCCCAAAACCUCCCAAAUAUAA